ACACGCCCUGGCGCGAGGGGGCAGGUGUCGGGUCCUGGGGCAAGGGAAAACCCGCCAACUUUCCCGUUGUGGGGAGCGCGGGACUGGGGCGCCCUGUAGUCUCCAUAGCAACCAGGGAGGGUGAUUCUAGGAGAGCGUGCCCCCUCCCGGCGGCACCGGGGCCAAGCGAAGAUGUAGCGGGUGAGGAGACGCGGCGCCGGCAGGGACCCUCCCCCCAGGAGUCAGGGGACUCACCCCAUCCCUUGCGGGUGUUACUGCCGCUUGCAGCUUUCUGUCUAGGGUGAUCUUAUUCCCCGUCCCCAUUAUUUGUGAGUGAGGAAAAAAUGCCAGGUGUAUUACCGACUGAUGCUACUGGGCUUUUGAGAGGUAGUCCGUCAAAGAAAAACAGACUUUCCCUGAAGCUUUUCCAAAAAAAGGAAACGAAAAGAGCACUGGAUUUUACAGAGUCACAAGAAAAUGAACAAAAGAGUUCAGAAUACAGAGGCUCAGAAAUUGAUCAGGUUGUUCCUGCAGCACAGCCUCCUUCACCCAUUAGUUGCGAGAAAAAAGACAACAUGCUGCCUUUUGUGGGCUUGAACAAUCUUGGCAAUACUUGUUACCUUAACAGCAUACUUCAGGUGUUAUAUUUUUGCCCUGGCUUUAAAACUGGAGUGAAACACUUAUUUAACAUUAUUUCAAAGAAGAGAGAAAUGUUAAAGGAUGAAGGAGAACAAAAGUCAGACAAGGGAAGUUGUAAAGAAGAUCCUUUGGCAAGUUAUGAACUAAUCUGCAGUUUGCAUUCCUUGAUUCUUUCAGUGGAACAGCUUCAGGCCAGCUUUCUAUUAAAUCCAGAAAAAUAUACAGAUGAACUUGCUACUCAGCCAAGAAGGCUACUAAACACACUUAGAGAACUUAACCCUAUGUAUGAAGGAUAUCUGCAACAUGAUGCCCAGGAAGUAUUGCAGUGUAUCCUAGGAAACAUCCAGGAAACGUGUCAGAUAUUGAAGAAGGAAGAAUUGAAAAAUAUGCCAGUGGAAGAGCCUAUAGCUCAUUUGGAGGAGAAGUCUAAUCAAAAUACUGAAAGCAAUGGCAUUAACAGCCCUGGUGAGGAAAAUGACUAUGCAACAAGCAGUCACACUGCAGAGGAGUCUGAAGACAAACUAUCCAAAGGAAAUGGGAAAAGGAAAAGUGAUACUGAGAGUGGGAAUGCAAAGAAAAAAUCUAAAGUAUCCAAGGAGUAUAAUGCAGUAGAGGGAAAUCAGAGACAGACCAGAUCAAAGAGGAAAGCAACAGUGGAGAAACUAGAAAAUCAUACAGAUGCCAUUGCUAAGUAUUCUAUUGAAAAUGAGAUUGCAAAGCCAACACAGAAGAAAUCACGACUUAGAUUAAACUGGUUUAAGUCUUCAGGCAAACAACCCAGCAUUCUGUCUAAAUUCUGUAGUGUGGGAAAGCUAGCAAACAACUUGGGAUCCAAAGAGCAGAUGAAAGAAACUGAUGGCUGUGAGAUUGAAGAGGCAUCUGUAAAGUGUGAAAAUGGUAAUAUAAAAGAAUAUUUUGAACCUGCAUCCCCUGUGGAAAGUGCUGGUGAAAAAGGAAUUGAAAAACCACUACAAGGAGGUUCAGAGUUAGCUGUUUUUGAAUUAGUGGAGAAACUGUUCCAGGGUCAGUUGGUAUUGAGAACACGAUGUUUGGAGUGUGAAUGUUUUACUGAAAGAAGAGAAGACUUUCAAGACAUCAGUGUGCCAGUACAAGAAGAUGAACUUUCUAAAGCAGAAGAGAGUUCUGAAAUUUCUCCAGAGCCAAAAACAGAAAUGAAGACCCUAAAAUGGGCAAUUUCACAGUUUGCAUCAGUAGAGAGGAUUGUGGGAGAGGAUAAAUACUUCUGUGAAAACUGUCGUCAUUACACAGAAGCAGAACGCAGUCUUUUAUUUGAUAAAAUGCCUGAAGUUAUAACAGUUCACUUGAAGUGCUUUGCGGCUAAUGGCUUAGAGUUUGAUUGUUAUGGUGGACUGUCAAAGAUAAAUACUCCCUUAUUGACACCUCUUAAACUGUCACUAGAAGAAUGGAGCACAAAGUCUACUAAUGAUACCUAUGGAUUAUUUGCAGUAGUAAUGCACAGUGGCAUUACAAUUAGCAGUGGACACUACACGGCUUCUGUCAAAAUUACAGAUCUUAAUAGUCUAGAAUUAGACAAGGGCAAUUUCAUCACUGACCAGAUGUAUGAAGUGAUUAAGCCAGAACCACUGAAUGAGGAGGAAGCAAGAGCUGUUGCUGAAGAUUAUGAUGAUGGUGAAGUCUCUUUUAGAGUCAAUGGAAAUGCACAGUCAAGUAAAACUUUGAGCAAAAAGAAUAUGGAAGCUGUUGGACUUCUCGGAGGACAAAAAAGUAAGUCUGACUGUGACUUGUACAACAACAAAGCAACUAACCCUGAAAAGGUUGUUAAUACACUAACUGAAAAUAAAAAUUUUGAGUCUACCAGUACUAAUGGGAUCUUGGAGUUUAAUAAAAGUACUGAAAAUGGUGAUCAAAAUGGUAUAGCUUUCAGUGGACUAGAAAACAAAGCUUUGUAUGUGUUACAAAGCUUGAAGGAAUAUGAGGGAAAGUGGUUGCUUUUUGAUGAUUCUGAAGUGAAGGUUACAGAGGAAAAGGACUUUCUGAAUUCUCUCUCCCCUACAUCGUCAUCUACAUCAACUCCUUAUCUUUUGUUUUAUAAGAAAAUUGUAGAGUGAUACCGUAUUUUGUAAAUAUUGCAGAUUUGCAUACACCUGUUGAUAGAUAUGCUUUUUGCAUCAAGAUUACCUUGAUGUAACAGCUGUUUGUCUUUUGAAGCCACUGGAUGAGAUUAUUAUAGAUCUUACAAUUCUGUGUAAACAGCACAAUUUGAAUUAACAAACCAUGUCAUAGAACUUAAACUCCUACUAGAACUUCUGUACUGCGGACUAGUGAUGUCACCUAGGAAUACAAAUUUGUAUAGAUUUUUAAAAGAUGUCCAAAAAUACAGUAGUGGCUUUUAAAUAACUAGUUCUGUUACAACUGACUUGCGUAUUAUUAGCUUUUAAAAAAAAAUAAAGUUAUUUGUAUUCAUAUUCUGGAGUAAAUUUAUAUUAAGUAGUAAAACUCAUCAGAGGUUGUGUAUUUUUGUAACACUGGAAGCAAUAUUUCAUAUCUAGUCUUUGGGGCAUCAGUAUAGGGCACAUAAAGUACGGCUAUAGCUUAGUGAUGACCUUCUUCUUUCCCCGCAAAUAUCUUUGCUGUGGUGUUCAAAGUACAAAAACAAACGGGGUCUUGUUAACUCAUUUAAUGUACUGGAAGGAGUGGUACAGCAUCUUAAACUUUAACUUAAUAGUGGAUGUGAUGCAUACUAAGAUUCUUUAUAUUGCAAGUAUUAACUGAUUCCUGUUCAUACAGAUUUGAAUGAGCUAACCUGCAUCUGUUUUGCAUAGGUGUUAAGUGGACAAAGUGUAAAUAUGUGUGAUAUUGUAGGUAUAUCAGAUGUAUUUGUGGGAGAAAGAAAGCAAGUCAAAUUGCUCAUCUGUCUGCGGUGUAAUAAAAUAUUUUGUACUUUAAAA